GCUAGCGGGAGCUCCCAGCCGGCCCCAUGGUGCGGCAGCUGGGUAGCGGCGGCGCUGCUGCUCCCCCCGUGGGAGGACGGGAGCCGGCGCCGCCGCGGAGCGAGGAGGAGGAUGCGGCGGGCGCGGGACAGCACCGCCAGUGCCAGGCGGGCGCCAUGGAGGCGGCGGGCGCCCAGGAGCCCGGAGGCGGCGGCUGUAGCUGCUGCUCAGCCUCAUCCCGGCCGUGCUGCAGGCUCCCGUGGGCACGGAAGACGCCCGGAACAAAGAAGAAAUUCACCUGCCCAGGACUUGGCCUGUUUUAUACCAUAUUGUCUGCCUUCCUUUUCUCAGUGGCUUCUUUAUUUCUUAAAAAAAUUGAAGAUGUACAUUCAGUGGAAAUCAGUGCAUUUCGAUGUGUUUUCCAAAUGACAUUUGUUCUUCCUGGUUUAAUAUACUACAAAACAGGUUUCUUGGGACCAAAAGGUAAACGAGUUUUUCUUUUCUUUCGAGGAUUUCUUGGCUCUGGUGCAAUGAUUCUUCUCUACUAUGCUUUCCAAGUAAUGCCUCUAGCUGAUGCCACUGUUAUAACUUUCAGCAGUCCAGUUUUUACAUCAUUGUUAGCCUGGAUAUUUCUCAAGGAGAAAUACAGCCUUUGGGAUCUUCUUUUCACUCUCUUUACAAUCACUGGAGUGGUGCUUAUUGCAAGACCUCCUUUUCUAUUUGGAUCCAGUUUUACAGGGAUUGAAGGAAGCUAUACAAAUCAUCUUAAAGGAACAAUAGCUGCUGUUAUAAGUGCAGUAUCAACAGCUUCAACUUUUGUUAUAUUAAGAAAGAUGGGAAAAUCUGUGAAUUAUUUUUUGUCUAUUUGGUAUUAUGCAGUAAUUGGAUUAAUUGAAUGCAUUGUAGCACUGUUUGUAAUAGAUGAAUGGACUUUACCAUAUUGUGGUACAGAUAGAUUUCUCCUAAUAUUAAUUGGACUGUUAGGGUUGGGGGGUCAGAUAUUUCUCACAAAAGCAUUACAGAUAGAGAAGGCUGGUCCUGUUGCCAUAAUGAAAACAAUGGAUGUGGUGUUCGCUUUUAUCUUACAGAUUCUUUUUCUCAAUCAUCUGCCAACUUGGUGGACGGUGGGUGGUGCCCUUUGUGUAGUAGCCAGUAGCUCUGGAACUGCCAUUCGUAAGUGGCAACAAAAUUCAAAAAAGACUAAAGAAAAUGAAAUCUAGCAAAUCAGACACUGUUUUGUUACAGAAAUAAAGAUAAGCAUCAUAAUCUUGAAAAAACAUUUUAUAGUAAGAUAUAUUUUAUUUAAAAUAUUUCAUUUAUUUAACUCUAUUACCAAAUUCUCCCCAAGAAAAGUAGUCAGCUGACUUUCAAGCAGCAUAGCAGAUGUUUUAACUAGCUGGUUCUGCAUAUGCUACUCAGUGUCAUACUGAGCAAGGCAUUGGUGUAUUUUCAGAGAUCUUGCUGUCUCUCAGUUUCCUGAUUGCUAUCUUAUACAGGCGGUAACUGUCUACAGAAGCUUAUAUUUUUCUUUCCCACAAACUAGUGUUGUUCUGUAAAAAUUUUGGGCCUUAUUCUCCAUUUCUUACAUCUUGUAUGGUCACUCAUCUUUAAAGUGGGAGUAAAAGUCUAUCAUUCUAAUGUUGUAGUUUGCAUUCACAUACUACAAGUAUAACUGAAUAGAAUAGGAGCAAGGCAGUGGAGUCUAAUUAUUUUUUCUUAACUCUACACAGGUUUUUUAUUUUUAAUCUUACAAGUGUUUAGUGACAGUUUCAUGAAUACACUUGCUCCAAGAAGUUAGGGCCCCAUUCAGCAAAAAGAAACAACAACAAAAUAAUCCAGCUUCUGUACAACGGACGUGCGAGGCUAACUUUUAAUUUAAAGUGACUUUCCCAAUAGACCAAGUCACAUUGACUUACUACUACUUUAGUUGCUACAAUUUCAGUGAUGAAAGAAAAUGGUUCUUAGUAUAGCCCAGUCAAGGCGCCUUCCCCACUCUGAACUUUAGGGUACAGAUGUGGGGACCUGCAUGAGAACUUCUAAGCUUAACUACCAGCUUAGAUCUGGUCCGCUGCCACCAUUCCCAAUGUGCUAAUUCCCUUCCCUGGGUAGCCUUGAGAGACUCUUCACCAAUUCCCUGGUGAAUACAGAUCCAAACCCCUUGGAUCUUAAAACAAGGAGAAAUUAACCAUCCCCCCCUCCUCUCUCCCACCAACUCCUGGUGGAUCAAGAUCCAACCCCCUUGGAUCUAAAAAACAGGGGGAAAUCAAUCGGGUUCUUAAAAAGAAGGCUUUUAAUUAAAGAAAAAGGUAAAAAUCAUCUCUGUAAAAUCAGGAUGGAAAAUAACUUUACAGGGUAAUCAAACUUAAAGAGCCCAGAGGACCCCCCUCUAGCCUUAGGUUCAAAGUUACAGCAAACAGAGGUAAACACCCUAGUAAAAGGUACAUUUACAAGUUGUGAAAACAAAGAUAAAAACUACCACGCCUUGCCUGGUUGUACUUACAAGUUUGAAAUAUGAGAGACUUGUUCAGAAAGAUUUGGAGAGCCUGGAUUGAUGUCUGGUCCCUCUUAGUCCCAAGAGUGAACUCUCCCAAAACAAAGAGCAUAAACAAAAGCCUUCCCCCCACCAAGAUUUGAAAGUAUCUUGUCCCCUUAUUGGUCCUUUGGGUCAGGUGUUCGCCAGGUUACCUGAGCUUCUUAACCCUUUACAGGUAAAAGGAUUUUGGAGUCUCUGGCCAGGAGGGAUUUUAUUAUAGUAUUGUACACAGGAGGGCUGUUACCCUUCCCUUUAUAAUUAUGACAAGCCCUUUGUUAAUUGACCAUUUCUUAUGCUACAAAAUGUUAUGCUGUAGUUGCACUAUCCUUAAUUCUAUGCAAAAAAUAUAUUUUAUUUAUAUUUUUAGGUAUUUAAUUUAGAUUUCUCAAAAUGCCGUUCAAUUUUUUUAAUACUUUGUAUACAAAGUAUUUUUGUGAAAAAAAAGGUUGCACUUUUCUUGGCUGCAGUUAUGUUGUUUAAUGUUUUAUUGUAAAACCUCCCAUUUCUUGUUUCAGUAGCCAAUGAAAGGUAUUUAGAGAUUCCACAAACAGCUCUGGUUAGCCAGCGUCAUAGUGGAGAAUAUACAAAAUGUACCCUGCACUCGUCACAUGUCAUCUUUAAUGUUUGAAGACUUUUUGAUAGCAAUGACUAUGGUAAUAUUAAAAUAUAGAGUUCAGUUUCCCAGUUGUAUGGGCAGGAAGAGAAGAUCACUAUAAUACAUAGUGGUUUCCCAAAUGGAUUGUGAUCUACUGGUGGGUCUCAGUCCAAUAGACUUUUAAGAUGGAUUUAAUUUUUACUUUGUUGAGACCCUUUACACUGUGCCCUGUGGAGUUUUUCAGUCAUUUACAUUGUUUCCUCUUUUGUGAAAGAGGAAAAUCUUUUAUACUCAGAACCCAAGAAUACAUCCUGUGUGUGGAAACUGACAUAAAAUAAUGGAUAUAGUCUUAUCUUGAUGCACAGAUAUUUAUACAUGUUCCAUCACUUUCAUGAGAGAAAUUGUUAAACAACUGUUGCAUUCCACUCUGCGGUGGUUUGGGUGAAGUGAUUCCUGCAUGUAUAACACUAGUAAAGUGCUUUAGGAUGCUUCUAGAAGAAAUAAGCCAUAUUUGUGUAAGAUUGCCUCAGAAUAUAUCCUGUGGACUUGAGGCUGCUUUUGUUGACGUCAAGACCAAACUCUAGGGAAAGGAAUUAAGGAAACUUUUUUAAAAAGAUGAAAAUAUAACUGAUCCAGUUUCAACAAUACAGAAUCAUAAGUAUUAUGGGGGAUUGUCUCUUGUAGAAAUUAUGUUGAAAAUGUUUGAAUCACAUAUUGCCCCUGAAUUAUUAUAAAUUGAUGUAUAUGAUUUAGUAGCCUGCAUUACUGAAGAGAGGUUUUGUUGUCUUAUUGUAUAUGAAGAUUUACUUAAAUAUAGAAAAUAUGCAGAUCUGAAGACAGUUUAUUGGUUUAGUAACUUUGGAACAAAUCUUUUUCUCAAGUUUCCUUGUUCAAACCUUCACCUUAAGUGUAAUUUACUGUCUAUGGUAAAUGAGAUAUAGCUAGUCAGUUUUAAAACUGAAAUUUUCAUUAAUCCUUUGUUAGCAUCUGUUAGCAAACUGGCCAAGUAAUUUUUCUUUGUCCAAAGCUAUGUAAUUUCUUUGGGGUUCUCCAUGACCAUUCACACUCAUUAUUCCCCAACUUUCUCACAAUAUUGCAUGUAUAGAAAGAAGGAAAACAAUAAACCUGGUUUUGCUGUCUGAACUACACAUUUUUUGUUGUCUCAGAUGUUUUAGGGCAUGAUGGUGCAAGGUGUUGAGUAUCUGGGUACCUGCAUCUCCCAAUGAAAUCAGUGGGAGUCUCAGGCAUUCACUAUCUUGCAAGAUAGGGCUUAUAUUGUGUUCCUUUCUUUAAGAAUCAAGCUAAGCAAAUUUCUUUUAUAACACUUUUUGCUCUUUAAAAAGGGCAAUGCCUUCAUUUGGAUUUUAAAAAUCUCUUAGAUGGUGGUUGCUAAAACAACAUGGAGAGGAAGACCUUGAUUAUAGUGAUAUUUAGUAGUGCUGAUAUAUUUAUUUGUCCUGUUUAUAAAGCAUGAUUUUAGGCAUCUACAACUUGCCUUUCCAGAUUCAUUUUUAAUAGUGUAAAUAAUUUUAAGUAUUGUAUGGUUUUUGAAGCACCUCAAAAUAGAUUUUUUUUAAACCCAUUUCAGAUGCUUUUUUUCUUUAUCAAACUAUAGCUAAAAAGUUAAAUUUUAUGGACAGUUUUGAAGAAAAUAGUUAUGAAAUGGCUAAAAUAACUGCCUUAAAAUGCAGUAGCUGCUGAAAGUGCUUCUCUUUUAAUAAGUUAUACUGGGCAUUCAAAUAUCUGUUUUUUUCAGGCGCUUACACUGCAGACUUUAAAACUAUAUCAGGUUGAAAUUUAGUUGUCAGGUAAUUUUUCGGGCCCAAGUCGUUGUCUCCUCCCCCCCCCC